GACGUAUUUACAACGCGCCAAAUUUUUUGGCGCGAGUGCGACCUGCUGUAGAAAGUAUUUGCUGUUGUCUGUGCCUAAAGCAGGUGGUUCCGUUUCAGUCCUCUGUCUGGAAGAUUUUAAGAAGUGUUGUCAUUUAUAAUUGUCACUAAAAAUCUCUCAGUCAUGGGAUUGCUGGAGCAGUGUGACAAGCUCUUUACGACCUCUAAUCUGUAUGAAAUCCUGGGUGUCUGUAAAGAAGCAUCAGAUGUAGAGAUCAGACGUGGCUAUUAUAAAGUCUCUCUACAGGUACAUCCUGAUAGAGCUCCUGAUGAUGAGCUAGCCACGACCAAAUUCCAGUUGCUGGGAAAGGCAUAUGCUGUGUUGGCCGACAAGGAACAAAGGGCAGUUUAUGAUGAACAAGGAAUAGUGGAUGAGGAGUCAGACACCCUCGAUCAAGAUCGCAAUUGGGAGGAGCAUUGGAGAAGACUGUUUCCCAAGAUCACAAUACAAGAAAUAUUGGACUUUGAGAAACAGUAUAAAGGCUCUGAUGAAGAGGUGGAGGACUUGAAAAGACUGUACCUACUACAUGAAGGAGACAUGGAUCUGGUCAUGGAGUCUGCUCUGUGCUGCACUUAUGAAGAUGAACCACGUGUCCAUGACAUACUGCAGAAAGCCAUUGAUGCUAAAGAGGUGCCGGCCUUUAAAGCUUUCAUCCAUGAGAGUGUCAAGAAGAAGAGCAACCGCAAAAGAAAGGCUGAAAAAGAAUGUAAAGAGGCAGAGGAAAUGCAGAAAGAGAUCGGCUUGAACAGCGAGGACAGUCUGGUGGCUAUGAUAAAGUGGACUACUACCCAACAGUCCCUGCAGCUGAUCUUCUCGACCAAUCACAGCAGACUUGAGUAACCGAGCUGGAGAAAAAAUAAGGCGGAUGAUGCAAUGUCAAUUGCGGAUUAAAUAUUGAUUUUAAUAAUCGUUUUCUUUGAUUGUCAGUGACAGAUCACUUGCUUUUCUUGUGUAUAUCACUUUUUAGUCUGAUGUGUAUGACUGGUUCAAAACUUUGUUUUAUUCAGUUUUCCAGAGAUAUUGAAUUACUCUUUAGUUUUUAUUAAAUAGUUUUUCAUGAAGUUUUACAUUCAUAAAAGUAACCUCACACUAAACCUUUGUUAUCAUUGUUUUAAAGAAGAUUUUAGAAUUAGAGUCUCUGAAACAUUAAGACAUGAGGGUGUACGUUCCUGUACAAAGCUGUAGGUUGUAAGAUUUCUUAUAUUUAUUUAAAUAGCAACGUUUGGUCUAAUAGUGAUAUAUAUACCUGCAGAAGUGUGGCUGUGUGUAUUUUAUAAUGAUUUUUGCAACAUGUGGCGGUGUGUGAGAUACAUGUUCUUUCUAUACAAUUGACUGUUUUAAGCACCUGACUGCAACCAUCCAUGUG